AUGAGAGAGGGCAAAAUCAUUGGCUACCGCCUUCUAACAUUCGCAGCCCUCUCGACUCUUAAAUUCCCCAUCCCGCGCCUCUUCCCUGAUCCGAACGACACCAACGCUUAUGUUUUAGGAAGUCUUAAUGGCCAUAACCUCGUAGUCGCGUGCCUGCCCUUCGGCGUGUAUGGAACCACUUCGGCUGCUACCGUCGCUAUUCAGAUGCUCGCAAGCUUCAAGUCUGUCCGGUUCAGCUUGAUGGUUGGCAUCGGGGGAGGAGUGCCGAGCACCAAGGAAGAUAUUCGUUUUGGAGAUAUUGUUGUGAGCAGGCCGACGGCGGCCCGGCCGGGCAUCAUUCAGUACGAUUUUGGAAAGAAAUGCGCAGAAGACCAGUUUACCAGUACGGGGGUGUUGAAUAAACCGUCAACCCUACUCCUCACGGCCGCAGGCAAGGUCGAGACGAAUAAUAUUCUCGGCGAAAGUCAAAUACCCCGUUACAUCUCCAAGAUUGUGCAAAAGGACACCCUCAUUUUUGCCCAUCCAGGCCCGGAACAAGACGUCCUCUUUGAGUCGGACUAUGACCACAUCACCGAGUCCGGAGAUAGCGCGUGCAAUCAUUGCGACCCCAAUAGAGUGCGACACCGGCCUCCGCGAGGGACCCAGAACCCUAAAGUCCAUUAUGGCCUGGUUGCAUCCGGCAACCAGGUGAUGCGGCAUGGCUCGACACGGGACAAGUUGGCGCGCAAGUAUGGGAUCCUCUGUUUCGAGAUGGAGGCGGCCGGCUUGAUGGACAUCGCCCAAUGCCUGGUUAUCCGGGGAAUCUGUGAUUAUGCAGAUUCGCACAAGAAUAAGCGCUGGCAAGGCUACGCCGCCGCUGCCGCCGCUGCCUAUGCGAAGGAGAUCCUGUCGUUGAUCCCCACAGUCCCAAAGCCAGUUCAUUUGGCAUCCAUCACAGAUUCGGUGGUCGCUCCCGUUCUCGAUGCUUUGCUCUUGACCAGACCCGAGGUUGAUCGAAGUUCUCUCAUCGCAUUGAAAGGACGGAGGGUUGGCGGCACCUGCGAAUGGCUCAUACGGCAUCCUAGUUUUCAAGAGUGGCUGGAAGGUGCCGAUCCACCUCUCCUCUGGAUCUCAGGGGGCUCUGGAAAAGGGAAAACUAUGUUGGCCAUUUACAUCACCGAGGAGUUCCAGCCAGUGGUGGACUCUGCCCAAGGAGUUCUCCUAUAUUACUUCUGCAGUAACCGCGACAAGAACCGGAACACAGCAGUGACCAUCAUGAGAGGCGUGAUACACCAAUGGCUCAGCUUCCAUCCCCACCUGGCGCAACAUAUUCAGAACUACUUCGAUGGGUCUGAAACGACCAAAUAUACGAUUUCUAGCUUUAUCUGCCUGUGGAAGCUUUUCCUGAUCCUGCUUCGUCAGAGCAGCUCUUGCCAGGUGAUGUGUGUGCUGGACGGCCUGGAUGAGUGUGAAGACGAGACCCUGAAGCAGCUCCUUGACGUCCUGGGAGAAUAUUUCUUGGAAUCUGAAGAGAAACCAAGGGUAUGUCUGAAGAUCAUCCUUCUUUCCCGCCCCCAACCAGGACUUUUAGAGAGCAAACUCCGUCGAUUCCGUCGGAUCAAACUCGAAGACUCGGAUAUGGAAGUUCGGAAAGAUGUUGAAAAAUACAUCUCGGCCAAAGUUGCUGAACUGGCAUCCGAGCAAAUCCUUUCAGAGGAUAGGCUCCUGCAGGUUCGGCAGGCCUUGAUGGCCAGCGCCGAGGGAACCUUCUUAUGGGUCGGGUUUGUUGCGGAUGAGCUCAAGGGGAGGAGUUGGCUCAAAAUCAAUGACAUUCUUCGUGGUGUGCCCAAUGGCCUUGGUGGAAUCUAUCGGCGGUUGCUUCGACAAGUCGAAGACAAAGAAAAACUGGUACCCAUUCUCCAAUGGGUUGAUCUCGCCGCCCGACCCAUGACAUUGGACGAACUGGCAGUGGCGGUGGAGAUCAAGGGGUCUGAUGCCCUGACACCAGCCGAAAUCCUAAAGGAUCAGCUUUCAUCUUGUGGGAUGUUGAUAAAAAUCGAUGGAGAUGUGGUCAAUCUUGUCCAUGAGUCGGCUAGGGAGUUCUUUUCAGAGUGA